UCGAUGACUGACGACAACACAAUGCAGGCGAAGCUUCUGUUGGAGGCCAAAGCUCCUCUGGUUGGACUUUGGUGUCUCUUGACUGGACUGAAUAUUUGGGCCUAGUGCGGUGGAGCUCCUGUCCUGUCUGUUUCGUCGUCUUCUGUCUUUUGACGAGCCUGCUGCAGUGCUUGGCGGGAGGAAGAGACUGCUGACCCGCCAUGUUUCUCGCACUAGUGGUGACGCAGGAGCUGAGGGACCUCCUGGCCAGGGCAAGAGGUGGAGCGGUGCGCCUCAUCAAGGUGCGCAUCCAAGACGAGCAGCUGGUGCUGGGGGCCUAUAGAGAGCCAGAAAAGAGCUGGGACCAGGAUUAUGAUCACUUCCUGCUUCCUCUCCUGGACGACCAGGAGCCCUGCUACAUCCUUUACCGCCUCGACUCCCAGAAUGCACAGGGCUACGAGUGGAUCUUCAUAUCGUGGUCUCCUGAUCAGUCUCCGGUAAAACAAAAGAUGUUGUAUGCAGCCACCCGGGCCACAGUGAAGAAAGAGUUUGGCGGUGGCCAUUUGAAGUACGAGAUGUUCGGCACAGCUGAGGAGGACAUCUGUUUGCUGGGCUACGAGCAUCAUGUGUCAUCCUGCUCAGGUCCUGCCCCGCUCACGUUAGCCGAGCAGGAGCUCCAGAGGAUCAAAAUCUCAGAGGGCCGAGUUAAACAGGUGACGACAGAGAUCAGCGUGGAGAGUAAGCACCAGACACUUCAGAGCCUCGCUUUCCCACUGCAGGAAACAGCCAAAAGAGCCCUGCAGCAACUUGCCCAGAAACGCAUCAACUACAUACAACUGAGGUUGGAUGUAGAGAAGGAGACCAUCGAGCUGGUCCACUCCAACCCGACAGACACUCGUGAUUUGCCCCGCAGAGUUCCCACAGACACUCCUAGAUACCACUUCUUCCUUUACAAGCACUCGCAUGAAGGAGACUACCUGGAAUCUGUCGUGUUCAUAUACUCCAUGCCUGGAUACAGCUGUAGCAUUAAGGAGCGGAUGUUGUAUUCCAGCUGCAAGAGUCGACUACUGGAGGAUGUGGAGAAAGAUUACUAUUUGGAAAUUGCUAAAAAGUUGGAGAUUGAUAACGGAGAUGAACUGACAGAUGAGUUUCUGUAUGACGAGGUCCAUCCCAAGCAGCAUGCUCACAAACAGGCCUUCGCUAAGCCCCGCGGCCCAGCAGGAAAAAGGGGACAUAAGCGCCUCAUUAAAGGGACAGGAGCGACCCUACAGGACAGCUAGAGGGGGACACAUCGCUCCCAGAGUCGAGUCUGCAGUUCCAGCCCUCCCUAUUUCCCCAGACCCACUAACACCUCGUCAGGCACAGAGCAACGAGCACAGUGACGGGUGUCUUCUGUUGUUUGUGUACUGAAACCCUUGUGCUGUAUAACUAAUGUGUUUUUGAUGGAAAAUAUGCUGAUAAAUUAUCUGACUCUCCCACAGACAAAUCAAGUCUUACAUACAAACAUUUAUAUAUAUAUAUAUAUACAUACAACAUUUUAUUGAUAACUUCCUCAAUUAAAAAACAAAAAAGAGUCGGGCUGGAGGACUGGCAGAUGGCGUUGUUAUUGUGAAGCUAAUUUGUUUCUUCCAUACUUAUAAAAAAAUAGGUCUGCAGUUUACAAUAUAAUAGAUGUGUAAUGAAUUGUACAUGCUUAGUCAGACGUUUCAGUCCUCAUGUCUGGCCUUCAAUACAAGUUUUGUGUUUGUAAGGCAAUAUGAAAGGAAAUUCCAAAUAAAUUCUGUUUACACUGUGGUAUUAGACGUUCUUGGUCGAGAUUUGUGUGUUUUUAUCAAGCAUGCAAUGUUUAAUGCAUGGAAAUACUUCAUGUUACAUGUCUGUAAAUGUGCUACAUGGUUAGGGGGAACUUAUUUAGUGUUGUUGGCCUGUUAUGUUGAGAUAAACAUGGGGUAAUAAUUAAAUUGUGGUUUUAAACUAGACCAACAUACAUUCAGGCAUCCACACGACAACCGCCUCUUGUCACGGCAGUGAGGUUGCAGUGUUUGAAAGACUGCACUGUGUUGAUUUAACUGCAUGGAAAUCAAUUCAGCAGGAGUUCUGGCAACUGUAGCAUCAGGCUACAGAGCAAGUACACGUGCAAUCAACAAACAACAAAUCAAGACUCUUAGUUCACUUCCCAUAACUGGUAACAGCUCUCUGCAGAACC